ACUUAGAUGGAUAUUUCUCUGUGUCUCUCCGUCAGGUAUAAGGCGAUAGUGAACCCGAUGGACAUCCAGACGUCCAGCGCCGUCUUCUGGACGUGUCUGAAGGCCGUUUCUAUCUGGCUGCUGUCCGUCCUGCUCGCCGUCCCCGAGGCCAUUUUCUCUCAAGUUGUCACCUUGCAGGGUCAAAGGGACAACACGAACGUCACCUUUGUGAACUGCGUGCCCUACCCGAUGUCCAAUCAGAUGCAUCCAAAGAUCCACUCUGUGAUGAUCUUUCUGGUUUACUUCCUGAUCCCUCUCACCAUCAUCUCCGUGUACUACUACCACAUCGCCCGCACGCUCAUCAAGAGCGCCCACGACAUGCCGGGCGAGGUCAGCGAGCACACCAAGAGACAG